UCGCGCUCUUUGAAAGAUUAAAAUAUAUCCAGAGAACUCAGCGGAUGACUGUGAUUCAUUUAAAAAGGACUUUUAAUAAAGUUGACAUCAAAAUUUAAGCGUUUAUAGGAACGGGUGCCACGAGUUGUGACGUCUUUUAAACUGCGCGUAAUUGUCGUUUAUCCUUUCUCAGCUAUACAUCAGUAAACGUGUGUGUUUCCCUGACCAUACGUUGCAUUUGAAGAAAGAACAUCUUACAGCGGGAGAAGAUGACAUCGAUCAGAAUGGUUUCAUCAGUGCUGGUGCUGGCGCUGAUGCAGUCCGGAGCUCUUUGCGCACGGAGGUUUCGGGGUGGCCGCAACCCACAACUACGACGCUCACCACCUCCUCCCACAUACCGGGCGGAUCGGGGUGAUACCACCGAGAGCUUCCCUCUGGAUUUCACCGCCGUGGAGGAGAACAUGGAUAACUUCAUGACUCAAGUGAAGAACCUUGCGCAGUCCCUCUACCCGUGCUCUGCGCAGAGGCUCGACCACGACAUGAAGCUGAACCUUUUAGAGAACGCGUCGGUCACCUGCAACGAUGGAAGUCCUGCAGGGUACUACCUGAAAGAAUCUCGAGGCAGCAGGCGCUGGUUGAUCUUCUUAGAGGGCGGCUGGUACUGCUUCAACAAGGAGAACUGUGACAGCCGAUAUGAGACAAUGAGGACACUGAUGAGUUCAUCCAUGUGGCCCCAAACUAAAACAGGCACAGGGAUCCUGUCUCCGCUGCCUGAGGAAAACCCUCACUGGUGGAAUGCCAACAUGGUGUACAUCCCGUACUGCUCCAGCGAUGUGUGGAGCGGAGCUACACCCAAAACAGAGCAGAGUGGAUAUGCCUUCAUGGGCUCACUGAUCAUUCAGGAGGUUGUGAAGGAGUUGCUGAACAAAAGUCUGGAGAGCGCAAAAGUUCUCCUACUCGCAGGAAGCAGUGCGGGCGGUACUGGGGUCCUUCUGAACGUGGACCAUGUGGCAGAGCUGCUGGAGGGGCUGGGACACACUGGGAUACAAGUGCGAGGACUGUCUGAUUCUGGCUGGUUUCUGGACAACAAGCAGCACCACAACACGGACUGCUUGGACGCCGUCAGCUGUGCCCCCUCUGAGACCAUCAAGAGAGGCAUCAAGUACUGGGGAGGAGUGGUACCAGAGAGGUGCAGGCAAACCCAUGAAGGAGAGGAGUGGAACUGUUUCUUUGGUUAUAGAGUCUUCCCAUCAAUAAAGAGCCCAGUGUUUGUUUUCCAGUGGCUGUUUGAUGAGGCCCAGCUGACAGUGGACAACAUCCAGCUGACAGGCCAGCCUGUGCAGGAAAGCCAGUGGCGCUACAUCCAAAACUUGGGCAUCGAGCUGAGGAACACACUGAAAGAUGUCCCGGCUAUGUUUGCUCCAGCAUGUCUAUCACAUGAAGUUAUCACCAGAAAUUACUGGACUGACAUCCAGGUUAAAGGCACCUCCUUGCCCCGAGCCCUGUACUGCUGGGACCGCAGCCUCAACGACAACAGGAACAACAAGGCUCCGCCCAGAGGCUGCCCCGUGCAUCUGAUUGACAGCUGCCCGUGGCCACACUGCAACCCCACUUGCCCCACCAUCCGAAACCAGUUCACCGGACAAGAGAUAGACGGCGUUCAGUUCCUCAAGCACAUGGGCUUUGAUGUGCAGAAGAUGGCCCAGCAGCAGGGCAUGGACCCCGGCAAGCUACUGGGCAUGCUCAGUAGCGGCAGCUAAAGGGACACACAUACAUACAGCAUCUCCAAGCUAAGCCCACGCAGGGCUGGCUGGUCUCUCUGGCCAGUCUCCCAUGGCUGAUACCUCCAAUUCCACCUUCACACUAUAGUCAACUCCCCUCUGACCUCUUGUUCGCUUUAGUUCGAGCUCAGUCAAACACAGUGGCUUGUAUUUGUCUGACAAUCCCUUUCCUCACAACUGGUGACAAGUUCAGGGGCAAGCCGCCACCAGACAAUGCACAACUCUGCUACUCUCCAUUUAAAUUAUCUUUUGCUUUGUAAAAGAAAAACAAAUAUCACUCAUUUAAUCCAGUUUUAAGGAUGUUCAUUGUUGUUUUAUCAUUUAAAUAUUAUUUUCAUCCUUCCAUAGAUUAUAUUUAGUCAUUGUUAAAGAAAAAAAGAAAACACCACAAUGACGUAAGGAUGCUGUCUUUGUUCAGUAGUCACUAUAGAGUAUAUAAGGGUCUAAUUUAAAAUAAAACAACUGUUUUAUAGUUUGUCAUCACACAAAAACCUUCUUGGAGGCAGUAACAGAUAACGGAUGAGGUGAGAAAGGCACUGGAUCAGAAAUUACAUUUUGUAUUUGCUUCCAAAAUAAUGGCAAGAACAGGAGUGAAUCCUCCUCUAAUCAGCUUGUGGUAUAAAUUGGAUUAACAUGAAUGUUUUUUUUUCAAUUCAUUUUGUUUUAUUGCCACAAGUGUAACAAAGAAACUAUGGCCAAACAGCGAGUAAUAAAGAGAUUUUAAAUUAAAAAGGUACAAGAAGAUUGCAUUAUACAAUAGGCUUCAGAAAUCAAACAGACACAUAUCAAAUGUUAUUCCUUGCUAAAGAAAGUAGCCAAAAAGAACAAAAAGACAGACAAUGCUCCAAAAAUAGAGGUUGUUCUCAUUCAUGUGGGUUAGGAGAAAAGAUUAAGGGAGCUUGGACAGCUGGGAAGAUGUCGGUUUAGUCGUCUGCUGAAGCUGAAGAUUGUGGAAGUGGGACGAGGAGCAUUUGACAGGUCUAUCAGUAGCUGUACGUACACCACAGUGCCAUUACAUCUCGUCUGGACCUCUUCCUCACGAGGAUGGUCCAAACCCAGACAUAGGGCACACAUGCAUGCUCGGUCAGUAGCUCAGCAAUCCUCAGAUCAAUGCAAUGAACAUUUAAAGGGAGACAAAUUACGUGUAUUGUAUAUUUUUUGAGUAUUUGUAUAGGUUCUUUCAAGUGUUCACUAUUGUAACUCCCUUUCUAUAUUUCAUAAUAGAGAUCACGUUUUAAUAUAAUGACAAUGUUGUAUGUAAUGAUGUCUUUAUAAAUGAUGUUUUUAAAGGAGCUCUAUUUCGCAUCACACCAGAGAAGGAACCGUAUUACUAUUUGUAAUUUUAUUCUGUAACAUAUUUUUUAACAGAAAAAAAAACUCAAGCUGCAUUGGUAAUUUACAUAUUUAUUUUGUUAUGUAAAUCAUAUUUAUAAGUGCUAUUUUCACAGAGAAGUGAUUCUUUGUAUAUUGUAAAUACAUUGCUGUUUUUCUCCUUGUGUUGAUUGCAUGUCUUUGUAUCAGACCGAAAAGAAAAGACACAUUACAUAUACGACAAGGUAAAUAUU